UUUCAUGGAAGUAGAGCACUUACAUAGAAACAUUUGGAAUGUCACUAUUUGGAUUAAACUGUACCAAGCCCAAACACCAAGAGGAGGAGAGGUAUUUGAAGGCAAAUGAUAGAAAUUUCAAUAUGAAUUUUCAAUAUGUGAAUAAUCGAAUUAAAACCUCCAAAUAUAAUAUUUUUACAUUCCUGCCAGUCAACUUAUUUGAACAGUUUCAACGAAUUGCCAAUGCUUAUUUUUUAUUUUUACUAAUUUUGCAAGUUAUUCCACAAGUUACAUCUCUGUCCUGGUAUACCACUGUUGUGCCUUUAGUGCUGGUACUGACAAUAACAGCAGUGAAAGAUGCUAUUGAUGAUUACUUUCGCUAUAAAAGUGACAACCAAGUCAAUAACCGGGAAGUCACAAUUCUCCUUGAUGGAAAGUUGCGAGGAGAAAAAUGGAUGCAUGUUCAAGUGGGAGAUAUAAUUAAGUUGGAGAAUAAUCAAUUUGUUACUGCAGACUUACUCCUGUUAUCAAGCAGUGAACCAUACGGAUUGAUUUACAUUGAGACAGCCGAGCUUGAUGGUGAAACAAAUCUGAAAGUUAAGCAGGCAUUAACAGUCACUUCAGAUAUGGGAGAAAACACCGAAGCUUUGGCAGAUUUUGAUGGUGAGGUAAGAUGUGAAACUCCCAAUAACAGGUUGGACAAGUUUAGAGGAACACUUACCUACAAGGAUAACAAGUAUUCUUUGGACAAUGAGAAAAUAAUACUACGUGGCUGUACACUGAGGAAUACAGAGUGGUGUUACGGACUUGUUAUUUUUGCAGGUCAAGACACCAAAUUGAUGCAGAAUAGUGGAUUGUCCACUUUUAAAAGAACCAAUAUAGAUCGCCUCAUGAAUGUUCUUGUAAUAUGGAUCUUUGGCUUCCUUGCUAUGAUGUGUACAGUGCUGGCUAUUGGGAAUAGUAUCUGGGAAUUUAACAAAGGAUACUAUUUUCAGGUCUACUUGCCUUGGGAUAAGGACAUUACAAAUUCUUCCUUCUCAGGAUUUCUGACAUUCUGGUCAUAUGUAAUCAUACUUAACACUGUUGUCCCAAUUUCCUUAUAUGUGAGUAUUGAAGUAAUUCGCUUGGGUAGCAGCUUCUACAUUGACUGGGAUAGUAAAAUGUAUUAUCCAAAGAAAGACACUCCUGCGGUCGCACGUACAACUACAUUAACUGAGGAACUUGGACAGAUCAAGUAUAUAUUCUCUGAUAAGACAGGAACUCUGACACAGAAUAUCAUGCUGUUUAACAAAUGCACAAUCAAUGGCAAAAUGUAUGGUCAUGUUUAUGAUUUGGCUGGAAAAAGGACAGUGAUAACUGCAAAAACAGAAAAAGUGGACUUCUCAUUUAACUCUUUGGCCGAUCCGAAAUUUGUAUUCUAUGACCAUAGUCUAGUUGAAGCUGUUAAAAUUGGUGACCCUAAAGUCCAAGAAUUCUUCCGUUUGCUGUCACUGUGCCAUACAGUGAUGUCUGAAGAAAAGUUGAAGGGUAACCUUGUGUAUCAGGCUCAAUCUCCAGAUGAAGGCGCACUUGUCACAGCAGCAAGAAAUUUUGGCUUUGUUUUCCGAUCCCGCACUCCUGAAACAAUAACUCUGGUUGAAUUAGGUGAAUCUAAAGUCUAUGAAUUGCUUUGUAUUCUGGAUUUUGAUAACGUGAGGAAAAGAAUGUCUGUUAUAGUUCGAAGCCCGGACAAGAAGUUGUAUUUGUACUGCAAGGGAGCUGACACUAUUGUUUUUGAGAGACUAUGUUCUUCGUCUCGACAUUUACAAGAUAUAACCACUGAACAUCUUGAUGAGUUUGCAGGUGAUGGCUUACGCACUCUAGCCCUGGCAUAUAAGCAGUUGGAUAAAACAUACUUUGAAGACUGGUAUAAGCGACACCAUGAAGCAAGUACUGCAUCUGAAAACCGGGAUGAACAGCUGUUUAUGUUAUAUGAAGAAAUUGAAAAGGACUUAAUUUUGUUAGGAGCUACUGCAGUUGAAGAUAAACUUCAAGAUGGUGUUCCACAGACAAUUGCAACACUUGUGAAAGCAAACAUCAAGAUAUGGGUUCUGACGGGUGACAAACAAGAGACAGCUGUAAAUAUUGGAUAUGCAUGUAAUAUGCUCCAGGAUGAAAUGAGAGAAGUAUUCAUUAUUGAAGGCAAUGAUUCAAGUGAAGUUAGAAAUAAACUAAGAAAAGCUUGUAUAGAAAUGACAAGGAGAACAGAAACAGAAAAUGAUUUAGUCACAAUCCAACAGCCAACAAAACCCAAUUUCCUGCCUGAGGAAACUGCUAAUGCGGAUUAUGGUUUGGUGAUCAGUGGAGAAGCACUGGCACAUGCUUUAGAAGAAGAUGUGGCAACACAGUUCUUAAGAACAGCUUGCCUCUGUAAAACCGUAAUCUGCUGCCGUGUAACACCCCUUCAGAAAGCUCAGGUGGUAGAACUGGUUAAAAAGUACAAGGAAGCGAUAACACUAGCAAUUGGAGAUGGAGCAAAUGACGUUAGCAUGAUCAAAGCUGCUCAUAUUGGAGUGGGCAUCAGUGGUGAGGAAGGAACACAGGCUGUCCUUUCAAGUGAUUUCUCCUUUGCUCAGUUCCGUUAUCUCCAGCGUCUUUUACUUGUCCAUGGAAGAUGGUCCUAUCUACGAAUGUGCAGAUUUCUCCGUUAUUUUUUCUAUAAAAAUUUUGCUUUCACUCUUGUUCACUUUUGGUAUGGAUUCUUCUGUGGAUUCUCAGCACAGACUGUGUAUGAUGAAUGGUUCAUUACACUCUACAAUUUGGUCUAUACGUCACUCCCUAUAUUAGGGUUGAGUCUAUUUGAUCAGGACUUUAAUGACCGCUGGAGUAUGGCAUAUCCCCAGCUUUAUGAACCUGGACAGCUUAAUCUUUAUUUCAGCAAAUUAGAGUUUGUGAAAUGCGUCAUCCAUGGAGUUUACAGUUCCCUUGUACUUUUCUUUAUUCCCUAUGGAGCCCUUGCUGAAGCAGUGAGAGAUGAUGGAAAGACCAUUUCAGACUAUCAGUCAUUUGCUUUAAUUGCUCAGACGUGCUUGCUAGUGGCUGUUACUCUACAGGUUGCACUGGACACAGUUUAUUGGACAGCAAUCAAUCACUUUUUUGUCUGGGGCAGUCUAUCAGUCUAUUUUGCAAUAACAUUUACAAUGUACAGCAAUGGCAUGUAUCUGAUGUUCCCAAAUUCAUUUCCAUUUAUAGGAACUGCAAGGAAUGCCUUGAAUGAACCUCUGGUCUGGUUGACUAUUUUCUUAACAGCAGUAAUGUGUGUCUUGCCAGUAAUUCUUCUGCGAUAUCUCUAUACUGAACUGAAACCCACUUUCAGCAAUAAACUACAACAACAAAUUAGGCAAAUGAAGCUGCUUCCUCCGAAACAAAUUACUACACCAGUGAGAAGGCCCAGUUCACGUCGCUCUGCAUAUGCGUUUUCUCAUCAGCGGGGUUUUGGUGCACUGAUUACUUCAGGGAGGAAUAUGCCAAUAAAAUCUAGGAAUUUUAAUCCUUCAAAGGCUGGCACAUCAUCACGAGGUGAUAAAGAGAAACAUUCAAAGCUUGAUAGGCCUGGGAGAUGACCAUUCUUAGAGAAGAAAUUUGGUAUUUGUACAUACUGCAAUAAUGUGCUGACUGCAUAAAUAUUUUUUUACGAGAAAUGUAAAGGAUUUUGUGUAACUUUCACAUAAUUCUUAUUCAAGAGCACAGACUAAACAAAUCAGAAGCUGAUUGAUAUUUCAGCGGUUUACCUGUUCCUCUCUUUUGAAAAUAUCCUAAUUCAAAGAGACAUUUUGACUGGAAGUAUUGAAACCAAAAGAUUUACAGCAAGAAUGUAGUGUUACCCACAAUGAGACAUGUUUUUAAAUGAGUUUGGUUUUCUGCCAGAAUCUACAAAUUCUCAGUCUUUUUAAUUAAAAUUUUUAAGUUCUACAGAGAUGGAGCCACAUUAAUAAUUGCAGCAAUUAAACCCAAUUCACUGAAAAUUUCUCAUUUUCAGUGAAUUCAAGCAUCACCUAUUCUGGAAUCAGAUAAAUUUAUUUUUUGAACUAGUUCAUUUGAGGAAAUUCUGGUUUUGUAAAAAAAUAUAUAUAUAGCAUUGUCCAUCGAAAAGAUGGUUGUCUAUUCCAAGGAAAAUUGAACUGUUUCUUUUAUUUGUUGGAAACUGGAAUGUAUUAGAAACUGGAAACUACACUUUAUAAAUAAGAAGAUAAAUUGGACACAAGAUACACUGUUGUGAUCCAUGCUAAUUCUGCAGGUACCUUUGCCAAUUUUAAGAUGAGCUUUUAAAUGGAAGUUCAAGCACAUCAGCAACAUUGUGAAUGUACUGAGAAUGCAGUGAGAUGAGAAACUAUAUCAAGCUGAAAAAAAACUGUUAAAUUAGUGCUGCAUAAUGUUUAUUAAUGUCCGUUUUCCCCAACAACAAAAUUUCAUUUUUCAAGCAUCUCCAAGACAUUGUUCAUUUUCAAUAAGGCAUGGCACAUUCUGUGCACACGAUAGCAUUUUGUUCAACAGACUCGCCAUUGGGAAACUUCUGUAAGAACAUUGUUGAGCUGAGAAACACAGAGAUUCAAGAGAGAAUCGAGAUGGGGUGGGUAGUAGAGGCAAAAUUGAGAGUGAGUUGUAAAGAUAAAGGUUAUCAGUGAAAGAAAUGGUCAGAGUCAGUUUGAGAUAGAUACUAUAUUGUUGAUGGAGUCUGGUUCAGUCAGAUAGACAAUUGGAAAUAGUAUCUGGGGAAUAUAAUUGGGUGGAAUCAGAGGAGCAAAUAUUAGGGGGGACUGAUCAGAGGGGUAAGAGACAAUAAAGACCUUUAUUCAUCAUCAGAAACUGUCAGGUUGAUUUUGCCAUUUAAUAAAAUGCAGUAAGAUAGAUUCAAUAGUUUACAUUGUACAAGAAUAUCACAGAAGUAUGAAAACAAAAUUUGAAGGAAGUAGUCUCCUCUUCGUGACAUUUGAAAAAUAAACAUGGACAUAUAAUACAUUAUGUAUGAUGAUUUGUUAAUUUAGUGCCAAAGGAUGGAAACCAUUCAAAACAUACCAUGCUUUAAAUGGUGGACUGAAAACCAUGCAAUAAUUUUUUAAAAUAUAAUCAUUGAAUUGAAAAUACAAUGUGUCAUUUAUAAUACAGUACAAAUGUUUAGUUUAUAAUGUGACUGAUGCACCAUCAAUAACUCUUGGAGACGUGAGGCGAGAUAUAGGCUUUUAUUUUCUGGAAGAAAGAACAAGCAGCAAUUGACCACCACACUGUAUCCUGGAGACUGAGGCCGGGGCAGAGUCUCCAAUCGCCUUUAUACCGAGGUCCGUGGGAGGAGCCAAGGUCAGUGGGAGGAGCCACAGGAGCAGUCAGCCGGUGGGGGGGGGGCGUGGCCAGACAGGUAUAUGUAGUUCACCACAGUGACUUAAAAUAUUUUGCUUUGAACUCAAGAUAUUUCUAAUGUCCAAUUGUAAUAUCUUUUUAAUUUUUGUAUAAUCCUGGCAGAGUUAUUAGUUGAAAUCCAUUAUUAUUCCCUCAUCUCUUCAUGUUGACCAUAGAGAGAAAACAAUGAAAUAAUAUAAGAAUGGUCCAUCCGAAGCACCGUUACAAAUGAUAAAAUUCUAUUACAGCUAAAAAUAUGACUGGGGAGUAAGUACACUAAAAUCUUUGCCAUGUAUUAAUUGUGAUCUAAUGUAUGUUUACUAAGCUAAGUCCUUCCACCUUCAGCAUGAAGUCCAUGUAGUCUUGCAAACCUAGCUGAGUGAUCAGUCAACAUUUAUAGACUAUGAUGGUAGUUAACAUAGAUCUAUCAUUAUGGUUAUUGUUAUGUGCAAGCCUUGGUCCUCCAUUUUUCAUACUUAAGCUUCACUCCCUGCUGCCUGACUGGAAUUUUAAUAAUAUUGCCUAUUUUUCUAGGGUGUACCAACAGAAGUUUCAGGAAGCAUUUAUUAGGUCAGGCACAUUCAAGUGGAAAGAACAGAUAAUUUGUCAUUUUAUUUGCAGUCACUUCAUCUUGAUAGUUUUCAGAGUCACACGAGCUAUAAAUUUAUCCAUUGUAACCACUGAAGAUAUCAGUUCUGCAUCAUUUCUACUUUAUUACUUUGAAACAGUUAUCCAUUUAUCAGUUGACCAGGUGAGAAUGUGGAAUAUUAGAAACUCAGCAUUUAGGGAAAUGAGUAGGUUGCAUUUGAGACAGGGAAAAAAUACAUCAUGGAAAAAAAGAGUUAGUAAUUAAUUUAAAUCAAAAUGUAUGCAAGAGGAAUGGAGUUAUCUCUGAUUGUAGAACAUAUCACCAGGAACUUAUUUAAUCUUACUGUGUGUAUAAGUAAAUGUACAUUUUUGUUGGGGAAAAAUGCCUCACUUUACAUUUAGUUUUACCAAUAUUUUAGCACCCCUCGUGCUUUCGUCUUCAAUGUGAAGAUAUUUGACUUUAAAAGGAAUGGAAACUCAUCUUGGAAUGUACAAAGAACGCAUCCAAACAUUGAGUGGGUUUAGCAAGAUUUUGCUAGCUCAAAGACUGGGUUACUUCUGCAACUCAUUUUACCACACCUUUUGAUUAUACAUUAUGCAAUGUAUUCCUUGGCAGAAGACAUAUGAAAACAUUUAUAUUAGUUUCAGGCAAAUUAUAUUCUCAUUGGCUAUUGUUAUAUUUGACUAAUGAUCUAGGAAUUAGACAAGCAAUGAUGGUUAGGGAAAUAAUUAUUAGGUCUAUCCUUUCAAAAACUUAAUUGGACUCAUUGUCAACAGAAAAAAAUCCACUGUAAUAUUAGUGGAUAAUGAUGAGAAGGCAUACUGUGUUUAUAAGAUUGAUGUCAAGUUUGUUGUAGCUCAGUCUGGAAAACAUUUUGGAUUGCUUGAUAAGAAUAUAUUAAAUUCACCCUGUUCUAUGAUAAUUGGCAUUGUAUCACGAAUCCAAGAUUAUAUCAUUGAAAACUUCAUUGUAAGUAUUGGGGAUGAAUUCACCAUGAGCUUCCCCUUAAAGUACCAAUAAAUAGGGAUGCCUGCAUGUUAAUGCAUAUGUGUAUUUUGAUGUCUCAUUCUGGUUUUCCUCAAAUUUUCCAUUAAAAAUAACAAAUACUUGUUUCUAAGGAAAAACGUAAGACUUUAUUUUCACCUCUGCUGUACUCACACAUUUUCAAGUUUUUUAGCUGGAGUAAGUUUAGCAGCUGGGACCUGAAGACAACCAAUCAUUUUAGUCAAACAACUGAGUGUCAUCCAAAACAAAAAAAGUGACAGAAAAACAGUAUAAUUUAGAACAAACAAAGAUGCUCCAAAAAUUUCUGUUUCAGAAUCAGUCAUGUUUAAUAUCACUGGCCUACGAUGAGAAAUUUGAUGUUUUGUGGCAGCAGUACAUUGUAAUACAUAAUUUUAAAAAUAUAUAAAUUCCAAUAAGUAUAUAUUUUUAAAAAUUAAGUUGCAUAAUUAAUGCAACAAGAGAGGAAAAAAUAGUGAGGUAGUGUACAAGGAUUCAUUGUUCAUUAAGAAAUCUGAUGACGGAAUAUAAGCGGCUGUUUCUGAAACAUUGAGUAUGUGUCUUCAGGUUCCUCUACCUCCUCCUUGAUGGUAGCAAUGAGAAGAGGGCAUGACUUGGGGGAUAGGGGUUCUUAACAAUAGAUGCUAACUUUUUGAGGUUUCACCCUUUGAGGGUGUCCUCGAUGCUGGGGAAGCUAGUGUCCAUGAGGGAGCUGGCUGAGUUGACCAAUCUGUGAACUUUUGAUAUACAAGCUGCUUCUGGAGAGCUUUAAUUCUGCACAUUUUUGCAUAAACCUUUAAUAAAUUCACAAUAUGUACCAAAACAAUGAUUUGAUUUCUUGAGCAAUUUGUUUUAUUGUUUUUAUGUGUAUGUAUUCAAAACAUUUAUGAAUUCUAAUUAGUUAAAAAUGAAAAUGCCAUGUGAUGUGACAGAUUAUGGGGUAACACUAUAAUUCAAUUGCAUAUUAGUUCAUCAUGUCAAAGACAUUUCUUGCUCUAUUUCUUAUUUGAAUAAUAACAAAUUCAUGCAAAAUAUUUCAUUUUGAUUAAAAUAAGAUGUGUUAUUAAAUAUAUUUACAAUAAAAGUUGCUUUAUAUUUUGUACAUGCGAACUGACUGCCAAAGAUGGUAAAUGUCCUGUAUGUGUAUUUUCGUA